GUGUGAUAGAUCCGAGGGGCACGCUUUCUACGCUCUCCCUGGCAAGAAUGUUAGUUCCUGCUCUUCCCUGGCCGUUUCCUGUAAUCGUACAGUGUUGUGAGACGGAGAAAGCCAUGUGUGUCGAUGCAAAGCUGUUCAUUUAAACCUCGAAAAUAACUGGACGGCAACUUCUCAGCUUCCAUCUCAGAGUUUUUUUUUAACGCUGCGCCCGUCUCCCUGCGUGGAGUGGGCAAUAUGGCAGAUCAAAUCAUGGACCUCUUUGAGGACACACCCUUGUUUAACCUGGAUGCCCUACCGGAUGACUCCUUCACCCCGGGCUCCUCGGACCCAGUGGAGGAGGCGCUGAAGCUGGCGUUGGGUCAAGUGGACCCGCCGUCUGAGCCCGAGCUCACAGUCAACACGGGCCUUAACGUUCCUGUAGCAGCUCCUGUCAUCCCUGACCCUGCCCCCAUUCAAGUCCUCACACAGCAGCCUGUGCCAGUGGUGACUGCUCAGACUGUUUCCAUAGCAGCAGCUCCCACUGUAGCCCCUGUCACUGUUGAUACUUUACCUCAGAUCCAGGCCCAGACGACCUUAUCCAUUGCCAGCAACACCAGCAUGGCCCCCAGUAGCACUGUUCUGCUGAGCUCACCUCUGACUGUUUCCAGCUCCCCGGCCAUCACCACCACCGCCACCACGCAACAGCUUUCACAGAUAACCCACCAGCUCACUCCUCAGCAGUUAGCCGCCAUCACACAACAGGCAGGGGGGAAAAUUGUAAUACUCAAGGGUCCCCAGGGUCAGGCCCAGGUCCUGCAGACUGUAUCAGGAACGACAGGCCAGACCACUGGAAAGGUCAUCCGUGUGUUGUCUGGCACGCCUCUCAAACCUGGCAUGUCCAUUCUGCAGGGGGGGGCGGUCUUGAAUCAGGCGAGCCCUGGACAAGCUCAAGUUAAGGUGGGUGCUGCUGGGGUGCAGAGGCUGCUGCAGUCUCCCAACGGGCCGGUGAAACAGAUGCUGCUGACCUCCUUGCCCCAACAGACGCAAGGCCAGCAGAUUCAGGUGCAGAUUCCAACCCAGGCACAGAUUUCACAAGGACAGACUCAAGUUCAAGUUCAACCACAGGCCCAGAUACAGGUGCAGACCCAGGGCCAGGUGCAGCUCCAGCCAGCUAUGGCAGGCCAGACUCCGGGUGGUGAAGCAAAACGGAUCACCCUGGUUCUCCAGCAGCCCUCCCAGACUACUACAGCCGGUCAGACUGUGGUAACCCAGCAGGUCACUCAAAUCCAAGCAGGCCAACAGCAGCAGACCCAAGCCCCAGCUAGACUAGUGCUGGGUCAGCUUCCCGGAGGGAAACUGGUGCUCCAAGGAAGCCAGCUCGCAGCCCUGACCCAGGCUCGGGCUGCAGGCCAGGCUGGAGGCCAGCCUAAAGUCCUCACAAUUCAGCUGCAGGUGCAGCAGCAGCCCAACCAGCAAGGAGGAGUUAAGUACCAGCUGGUGUCAGGAGCUGGAAACACUGGCAGCCCACAGGUGUUGCAGAUCUCGCAGGGCCAAGGUGGACAGAGAGUUGCGGUGCCACUCAAAAUGCUUCUGCAGCCACAGACGAGCUCAGCAUCCUCAGCUGGUGGCACAGUCUCCGUGGUGAAGGUCAUCAACACAUCGUCCGCAGGCCCCUCUACUACAACCACCACCCCAUCCCAGGCCAUCCGCAUCACCAAAGCCCCGGGCGAGCCCGCCUCCGUACGGCGGGUGGAGAUCCUGUGCAAGCAGGAGAAAGCAAACCGUAUCGUGGCUGAAGCUAUAGCCCGAGCCAAAGCACGGGGUGAGAAGAACCUCCCUCGAGUCCUGAACCAGGACGAGCUUCCAGCCGCUCAGACCUCUUCAGAAACAGGGGGCACUAUAACCGUGGUGUCUGCUGCGAAGAAGAAGAGCAGCGGAGGAGGAAGCAAGAAGAAGGCUCCUGUAGCUGGAGCAACGUCGUCUAAAGUCGCAGGAGGGGGCGACAAAAAGGGCAAAGUAAAAACACCAGGAGGACCAACAGGAGUGGCUGGAGGCACAGUCGUACCAGGAGCUGGGAACAAGAGCAAAAGCAAGAUUAAGACUAACACUAUAACUCUAGUGGGAGCAAAAAAGAGGAAGAGAAAUGCAUCUUCAGACCACUCUGAUGGGGAGAUGAGUCCUGCCUCACCUGCUGCGCUGGAGGAGGAUCUCAUUACGAGGCGCUCCAAUCGCGUCAUCAAGAGGAAGAAGUACACAGAAGACCUGGAUAUUAAGAUAACAGAUGAUGAGGACGAGCAGGAAGACGUAGACGUAACUACGACUGCAGCAGCUGUGGCCUCCAUCAGCGGUGGGACAGCAGCGCAGCUUAAACAGGAAAUGGAGUUAGACAUUGACGGGCAGCCCAGCAUGCAGUUCUUUGUGGAAAACCCGGCUGAGGAAGACGCUGCCAUUGUAGACAAAGUUCUCUCAUUGAGGUUAACCAAGAAGGAAGUAUCACAGGGCCAGUACACCAAUGUUGAAGAAUUCUUUGUGAAAUACAAGAACUACUCUUACUUACACUGUGAGUGGGCCAGUUUGGAGCAGCUGGAGAAAGAUAAGAGGAUCCAUCAGAAGAUCAAGAGGUUCAAGACCAAACAUGCACAGAUGAGGCACCUCUUCCAGGAGGAGGAGGAGGCCUUCAACCCCGACUAUGUGGAGGUGGACCGGAUCCUGGACGUUUCUCACAGUGUUGACAAGGACAACGGCGAGCCCGUAGUCUACUACUUGGUGAAGUGGUGCUCUCUGCCUUAUGAGGACGCCACCUGGGAGCUGAAGGAGGAUGUGGAUGAGGGCAAGGUCGGAGAUUUUGGCAAAAUCGCAAAUCGACAACCUCGCGUUAAAAGAGCGGCACGGCCGCCUGCCGCCUCGUGGAAGAAGCUGGAAGAGACCAGAGAGUACAAGAAUGGAAACGUACUCAGAGAGUAUCAGCUGGAAGGAGUCAACUGGCUGCUCUUCAACUGGUACAACAGGCAGAACUGUAUCUUGGCAGAUGAGAUGGGUCUGGGAAAGACCAUCCAGUCUAUCGCGCUGCUUUCAGAGAUCUACUCUGCUGGCCUCCAAGGCCCCUUCCUGGUCAUCGCUCCGCUCUCCACCAUCACCAACUGGGAGAGAGAGUUCUGCACAUGGACCCAAAUGAACGCCAUCGUCUACCACGGCAGCCUGGCCAGCCGACAGAUGAUCCAGCAGUAUGAGAUGUACUUGAAGGAUGAUAAGGAGCAUUUGAUUCCAGGUGCUUACAAGUUUGACGCCCUCAUCACGACCUUUGAGAUGAUCCUGUCUGACUGCCCGGAGCUGAGGGAGAUCUCCUGGCGAUGUGUGAUCAUUGAUGAAGCUCACCGCCUCAAGAAUCGAAACUGCAAGCUGUUGGACAGUUUGAAGAUGCUGGAUCUGGAACACAAGGUGUUGUUGACUGGCACUCCUCUCCAGAACACUGUGGAGGAACUCUUCAGCCUGCUUCAUUUCCUGGAGCCGGCUCAGUUCCCUUCUGAGAUUGAAUUCCUCAGAGACUUUGGAGACCUGAAAACGGAGGAACAGGUCCAGAAGCUGCAGGCCAUCUUGAAACCAAUGAUGCUACGGAGGCUUAAAGAAGAUGUUGAAAAGAAUUUGGCACCCAAACAGGAGACCAUCAUUGAGGUUGAGUUGACGGAUGUUCAGAAGAAGUACUACAGGGCCAUCCUGGAGAGGAACUUCAGCUUCCUCAGUCUAGGGGCGACCAGUAACAGCAACGUCCCCAACCUGCUCAACACUAUGAUGGAGCUGCGCAAGUGCUGCAACCACCCCUACCUCAUUAAUGGCGCAGAGGAGAAGAUCGUAGCGGAGUUGCGGGAGGUGUAUGACCCGCUGGCUCCUGACUUCCAUUUGCAGGCCCUCAUUCGAUCGGCUGGUAAACUGGUGCUGCUUGAUAAGCUGCUGCCUCGCCUCAAGGCUGGCGGUCACAAAGUGCUCAUCUUCUCCCAGAUGGUGCGCUGCUUAGACAUUCUGGAGGACUACCUCAUCAACAAGAGAUACCUUUAUGAGCGAAUCGAUGGCAGAGUGCGUGGAAACUUACGACAGGCUGCCAUUGAUCGCUUCAGCAAACCUGACUCAGACCGCUUUGUCUUCCUGCUGUGUACCCGUGCCGGUGGCCUGGGUAUCAACCUCACUGCUGCCGACACCUGUGUCAUAUUUGACUCAGACUGGAACCCUCAAAAUGACCUGCAGGCUCAGGCACGGUGUCAUCGUAUCGGCCAGUCUAAGGCGGUCAAGGUCUACCGUCUGAUCACAAGGAACUCCUAUGAGAGGGAGAUGCUGGACAAAGCAAGUCUGAAGCUUGGCCUGGAUCGUGCUGUCCUGCAGAGCAUGAGUGGCAACAAAGACAAAGACAGCGCCAACGGGAUCCAACAGUUCUCCAAGAAGGAGAUCGAGGACCUUCUAAGGAAAGGAGCUUACGCUGCCAUCAUGGAUGAGAAUGAUGAAGGCAGCCGCUUCUGUGAGGAGGACAUCGACCAGAUCCUCCAGCGAAGAGCCACCACCAUCACCAUCGAGAGCGAGGGCAAAGGAUCCACCUUCUCCAAGGCUAGCUUUGUGGCCUCUGAGAACCGCAACGAUAUUGCCCUUGAUGACCCUGAAUUCUGGCAGAAAUGGGCAAAGAGAGCGGACAUAGACAUGGACACCAUCAACAGAAAGAACAACCUGGUGAUUGACACUCCCAGAGUCCGUAAGCAGACCCGUCAAUACUCCAGUUUACGGGGUGAAGGUGGAGACUUGUCUGAUAUGGACAGUGAUGAAGAAUAUCCACCUGCAAAUUCAAGACAGUCACGUGCCUCCAGACGCUCCGACAGACACAGUGGAAGUGGUUAUGGGCGCACCGACUGUUUCCGAGUGGAGAAACACCUGCUGGUCUACGGGUGGGGAAGAUGGAGGGACAUCUUGUCUCACGCUAGAUGUAAGCGACGUCUGAGUGAACGUGACGUUGAGACGAUCUGUCGUGUCAUCCUGGUCUUCUGUCUGCUUCACUACCGGGGAGACAAAGAGCUCAUCACACCGCCUGAGAAUGGUCGUGAACCCCAGACGCUACUCAACCACUCUGGUCUGUCCAUCCCCGUUCCAAGAGGCAGAAAGGGUAAGAGGGUAAAGGCCCAGAGCACGUUUGAUGUCCAGAAGGUGGAGUGGAUCCGAAAAUACAAUCCUGACACUCUGCUUCUGGACGACAGCUACCGAAAACACCUCAAGCACCAGUGCAACAAGGUGUUGCUGAGAGUGCGAAUGCUCUACUACCUGAAACAAGAAGUUAUCGGUGAACAUUCAGACGCUGUCCUGAAAGGCGCUGACCUCAGGGAUCUUGACAUUUGGAUGCCUGAGAUGGAGCAGCAAGAGGUCCCUGCUGGAUGGUGGGAUGGAGAGGCUGACCGCUCACUGCUUUCUGGUGUAUUCAAACAUGGUUAUGAAAUGUACACCACCAUGCGAGCUGACCCAUGCCUCUGCUUCCUGGAGAGAGUCGGUCGGCCUGAUGACAAGGCCAUUGAUGCUGAGCAGCACACUGGUGAUGCAGAGCUGGGAGAUGAUCCCGACUAUGAUAAGUACUCAGAGGACCCAGAGUUCAAGCCUGCAUCGAGACACUCCAAAGAACUCUUUGAUGAGCAUGACUCCAUGAAUGUGGACGAUGAGAUCACUGUGGAAGACAAGGCGCCACCAGUGCUUUUAGAGAACAUAUCCAACCCUAGCGGUCCAUGUGAUUGGCCCUCCAGCUCGUCACUCACAGCUCGGCUGCGGCGGUUGAUCACGGCUUUCCAGCGGAGCUACAGACAGGAGCAGCUGAAGAUCGAAGCAGAGGCGAAGGGCGACCGCAGACGCAGGCGGUGUGAACAAGCCACCAAGUUGAAGGAGAUCGCACGGCAGGAACGCCAGCAGAGGUGGACACGAAGGGAAGAAUCUGACUUCUACCGUGUUGUGUCGACUUUCGGUGUGGAGAAGAUAAAGAAGGAGAGUGGUCUUCAAGAGAUCGGGGAGCCUGAGUUUGACUGGAAUCGUUUCCGUACCUUUGCUCGUCUGGAUAAAAAAACUGAUGAGAGCCUUAGCCGAUAUUUCCGCUCUUUUGUCGCCAUGUGCCGGAGAGUUUGUCACCUGCGACCUGGACGUGGGGAAGAUCCAGCAGAAUCAUCUGCGACUGUGGCCCCCAUCACAGAGGAGCGUGCUUCCCGAACCCUUUACCGUAUAAGCCUCCUGCGCCGACUCCGAGAGCGAGUCCUGCCUCACCCCUCCCUGGAGGAGCGUCUGCCUAUGGCUCCGACCAACUCGGAGCUGCCCGCUUGGUGGAGCAUGCCGGAACACGAUCGCCAGCUAAUGCUGGGCUCAGCAAUACACGGCGUCAGCCGCACUGAGCUCUCCAUCUACUCAGACCCACAGUUCACCUUCACUCAGGCUCGGGAAGACUUUAUCCUGACCCAGCAAGCCCUGCCCCCUCCACCUCCACCUCAGGCACUACCCAUCAUGCCCCUCAGCACACCAAAGACUGAGGACGAUGUUAAGGAGGAGAGAGGUGAAGAGGAGGUCCAGCUGCUCGGAGGUCAGAUCAGUGCUGCCCUACAGAGUACGCCUUUAAGUCACCAUGACAGCAAAGCACCGAGGCCGGGCUGGAGCCUGAAGAGGAGCAAGAUAAAGGUUGGAAAAUCAGAAGGACGGAAAAGAGAGGGAGGGUCAGACUCAGAUUCUGAUUCUGAUUCAGGCUCCUCUUCCUCAGACCGAUCAGGAAGCAGUGAUGACAGUGGAGAGAGUGAGGAAGAGACAGAAAGAGCAGGCAUGAAAAUAUGCGACGGGGAUGAAGAGAACAGUUUACUCUCUCUGACUACUUCUCAGGAUGGUAUUCCUCCUCCUGAGCCAAUCAGAGUUGAAUGGCCUAAGGACCGCAUAUUGAUCAAUCGUCUUGACAGUUUGUGUACGCUGGUGCUGAGUGGUCAGUGGCCCUCAGGCCGGCGUUAUGUGUCCGAGGCUCAGCUCAACCCCACCGCAGAGCUGACCGGAGACGAGAUGGCCUACACGCGAAUAAUCCGUAAACCCAGCAGCACACCUGGUGGCCCUGGGGCCGAUGGAGAUGAUGGAGAGUUCACUGUGAAACUCCUUAAGGAGGAAGGGCUGAAGCUGACGUUCUCUAAGCAGGCCCUGAUGCCAAAUGGCUCAGGGGGAGAGAGCAGCGGACGCAAGAAACGCAAGGACCAAGAGUUUCCUGAUCCAGACGGACUUCAUGAUCCUUUAGAGCGUACUCCUCGGCGCAGGGAUCCUCCCAACUGGUUGAAGGAGAACCCUGACUAUGAGGUGGAGGGAGACAUGCUGGAGCUUCUUGUCAACAGGAGUAAGAGGAAGAGGAGGAGGAGGGCAGAUAAAGCGCUGACAGGCAGUGAGAAGGUCAAAGUCAUAAACAUGAGGACAGGAAAGAAGGUUGGAGCAGCUUUCUGUCCGCUGCUGCAAGACCUGAGAGAAUACCUGGAGGAGAAUCCUGACAAUGCUGUAGCACCUGAGUGGUCUGACUCUGUUCGAAACUCUGGAUUCCUGCCUGAGACCUUCCACCAUCGACUGCUGACCGAGCACUCAGAGAUCCCUAAGAAGAGCCGACGUCGGCAUCACCACCAUCACCACCACCAUCACCACACUCCAGAGCCCACACCUGAGGACCCCAACCUGGAUGGAGUGGAAGAGGAGACUCUGGUCUCAGACGGAGCCUACAUGAUGGACGAGGAGGACCUGGAAACCUCCCAUCACUUCCUUACCAGUCCUGACUUUGACAUUAAAAUGGAGGGCGGCGACAACCUCUCCCAAGGUGACUAUGACAGCUCAGAUCAAGAGGCGCUUUUGGACGAUGUCAUCAUGGCACAGAAAGACUCUGACUCCUCAUCAAGCUCAGAGGAUUGACUGAACCUCACUCUCUGAACACAUCAGAUGUAGUCCCCGUCUCAAAAUGAAUUAUCAUGUUAUUCCUCAUUUAUUUUUACCAUGUUAUGUAUCAAAUUAUGGAUGACUGAUUUUUGUUGCUACUUUUAUUCAUUUAUUUUAUAUAGGAUUUUUUCCAUGAAAGGAGCAGCUUUGCACCCAUCUGUUUUUUUUUUCAUCACAAUUGUGUUUCAUCUUCGUCUCCUCAAUCCUCCUCUCCAACCUCUAAAAAAAGGCAAAACGUUGAGCUUUCUUACUUCACGACUUGUCUUUGUCCUCUUCUUCCUCUGAACCUUUUCUUUCCCAUCACAUUCCCAGCCAUGACCAAAAGGGGACCCCUGCUGUACAGACUCUGUUUUCUUAUCUAAGAACCUCAAUGCUGGUCCUCUAACGCUACAUGAAACUGGACAUGUGUACUGCAGAGCCCGGAUCCAGAUCCCACAAGCCCCUGCACUCGUCUGGUUAUGUGUUCCGCUUCCAGACGAGUCUGUGAACUAAAAGGGGGUCCUGUGUGUGGAUGUACUGUUAUUGUUUUCACUCUAUGGGAGGGACGGGGUUGAGAGGGAGGGAGGGAGGGGGACAGUGUAUUAGUUACUGAAGCUAAGGAGGAUGGUUGUAUUGUACAAUGUAGAGCUGGUCAAUUGUGUACUUUGGUGCAAAGAUGACGGCAAUGAGUUACUAUUCUUGUUUUAUGAUCUGAGUGUAUCUGUGAAAUGAAUAACAGCAAUCUACAGUGAAAACAAGUUUGUGUCUUUUAUUUGAAAUCAAAUGAAGAAGAAGCAAACUGGAGGAUUACUGUUCGUACACUGAGAUCAUCUGAUGCAGUUAUAACACUGUUGUACAUUUGUAGCACAUGAUACAAAGCACAAUGCAUAGCAGCUGAGAUACCUUUUAUAAUGAUCAAGUUUAUGGCUGCAAAUCAAAUGUAUGAAGAAAUCUGUGGAAUGAUGACGAACAUAAAGCAGAGGUUGGACACUAAAGAACAACUAACUAAAGAAA